AAAUUUUGGUUUUGAUUUGAAUUUCCCUAAUGACUAAUGAUGUUAAAUAUUUUAUACUAGAUCAGAGAAUGUAGCUUGUCAAUUCCCAACAUUAAAACAUCUGUCGGGUUUUUAUUAAUGGAUACGUGCAUGUGUAUGUGUGUUCACACACUUGUAUGCUUACAUAUAUAUAUGGAUAUACAUAAAUGUCCAAUGUGUUUUAUUUUUUUAAAUUUAUUUUUGAAAAUUCAAGUUAUUUAAACUAACCUGUGGGCAAGUUAUUUAAUGGAAUUUUGUAAAAGUUCCAUAGGCAUAAGGAAAGAAAGCAUAUUCUGUCUUUCUUUGGUACGGCAUCUUUAUGUGUUUAAAAUUUAACUUAUUCACGCCUUUUAUUUUACUCCUUAUUUAUUUUACUUUCUUGUUUCCUCUUCAUGACGUUUCUCACUUCUGUCUUGUGAAGUUCCUCUUCAUUUUACGUGAAUAUUUUCCCUUUCUCAACUAGAAUGACUAAAUCUGUAGUGCCUCUGUUAGUUGAUCACAAUAAAAUUGUACCUCACCUUGGAUGCAGAGACGCUCUUUCCUCCCUAGUUGCCUCAACAGGAGAAACAGUUUUACUUCUGGAUAUUUUUGAGGUUUCUUGGUGUCUCUGUGGAGUCCCUGGGCCAGACCCCAUAGCGAAGGCUGCAGGAUCUUCUCCGGCCCCAGCAGCUCUGGUUGAGUCCACAGACCCUGCCUGGCCUCAGGCUCCUGGGAAGAGCAGAGUUGUCAGCAAGAGAGCCCGAGGGCUGAGGCCCAGCCGGAACAUGCCAGCUAACCAGAAUUCUCCCGGGCCAUCCCUGGCCCUGACUGCAGGGGGACGUGACAACUCCUGUGAGGUAUCAGUGUCAUUCGAGGAUGUGACUGUGGACUUCAGCAGGGAGGAGUGGCAGCAACUGGACUCCACUCAGAGGCGCCUCUACCAGGAUGUAAUGCUAGAGAACUACAGCCACCUGCUCUCAGUGGGAUAUGAAGUUCCCAAACCAGAGGUCAUCUUCAAGUUGGAGCAAGGAGAGGAGCCAUGGAUUUUGGAGGGAGAAACCCCACAUCAGAGCUGUUCAGAUGGGAAAUUUGGGAUUAAGACCUCCCAAAAAAGAAUUUCUGGAAAAGCUUCAUUUCAUAGUGAAAUGGAGGAUGAAGAUACAAGAGAUGAUUCAUUGUAUUCCAUUUUAGAAGAACUGUGGCAAGAUGCCGAACCAAUAAAAAGAUAUAGGGAAAAACAGAACAAACCACUGAGUCAUGCGGCUUUCAUCAAUAAGAAAAUAUUGAAUACAGAGUGGGAUUAUGAAUGUAAAGACAGUGAAAAAUUUGUUCAUCCAAGCCCAAAUCAUGUUUCUUCACAGAAACAACCCCAUAAAUAUGACUCAUUUGGAAAGAAUUUUAAGCAUAAUUUAGAUUUACAUUUUCAUAGUAAAAACAAUGCAGCAAAGAACUUUGAUAAAAUUAUUGGACGUGGUCAAGUUUUCACCCAGAGCUGCUCUUAUACUAACCAUGAAAACACGCAUGCAGGAGUGAAAUUCUGUGAAAGUAAUCAGUGUGGAAAAGUCCUCAGCCUGAAACAAGGACUCAGUCACAAUCCAAAAUUUCCUGUUGGGGAGAAAGCAAAUAUGUGUGCUGAAUUUGGGAAGAUCUUCACCCAGAAGUCACACCUCUUUGCAACUCAGAGAAUUCAUACUGUAGAAAAACCUCAUGAACUUAGCAAAUGUGUAAAUGUUUUUACACAGAAGCCACUACUCAGUAUAUAUCUGAGAGUUCAUAGAGAUGAAAAACUAUAUAUAUGUACUGAAUGUGGGAAGGCAUUCAUUCAGAAUUCAGAAUUAAUUUUGCAUGAGAAAACUCAUACUAGAGAAAAACCCUAUAAAUGCAAUGAAUGUGGAAAAUCAUUUUUCCAAGUGUCAUCUCUACUUAGGCAUCAGACAACUCAUACUGGAGAAAAACUCUAUGAAUGCAGCGAAUGUGGGAAAGGCUUCUCCCUGAACUCAGCCCUCAAUGUACAUCAGAAAAUUCACACUGGAGAGAGACACCACAAAUGCAGUGAGUGUGGGAAAGCCUUUACCCAAAAAUCAACACUCAGGAUGCAUCAGAGAAUUCAUACAGGAGAGCGAUCCUAUAUAUGUACUGAAUGUGGGCAGGCCUUCAUCCAAAAGGCACACUUAAUUGCACAUCAAAGAAUUCAUACUGGAGAGAAGCCUUUUGAAUGCAGUGACUGUGGGAAAUCCUUUCCUUCUAAGUCACAACUCCAGAUGCAUAAGCGAAUUCACACAGGAGAGAAACCCUAUGUAUGCACCGAAUGUGGGAAGGCCUUCACCAACAGGUCAAAUCUCAAUACUCACCAGAAAUCUCAUACUGGAGAAAAGUCUUAUAUAUGUGCUGAAUGUGGAAAGGCCUUCACUGACAGGUCAAAUUUCAAUAAACACCAGACAAUUCAUACUGGAGAGAAACCCUACGUUUGUGCUGAUUGCGGGAGGGCCUUCAUCCAGAAGUCAGAGUUAAUUACACAUCAGAGAAUUCAUACUACAGAGAAGCCUUAUAAAUGUCCUGAUUGUGAGAAAUCCUUCUCAAAGAAACCACAUCUCAAAGUACAUCAGCGAAUUCACACAGGAGAGAAACCAUAUAUAUGUGCAGAAUGUGGGAAAGCCUUCACUGACAGGUCAAAUUUCAAUAAACACCAGACAAUUCAUACUGGAGAUAAACCGUAUAAAUGUAGUGAUUGUGGAAAGGGCUUCACUCAGAAAUCAGUUCUGAGUAUGCAUCGCAAUAUUCAUACGUGAAAGUAACCCUGUUGCUUGAAAAUGAGACAGCCUUAUCACAGAAGUCAGGUCUAAGUGUAUAUUAUAAAAUUCACCCAAGACAGAUCUUAUGUGACAUUGCAUAAUAAAAAGCAUUCAUCAGGCUCUCUCACCUCAGAUGAGCAAAAUUUUUCAGAAUAGACCCUCUAAGAAUGCAUUGAAUGAAGGGGAAUUUCUAUAUUUGCACGGCCUCACAAUAUAUAAUAGAAUUCAAACUGGGAAAAAUGCUGUCUGUUUGAUGCAUUAGGAAAAACCUUCCUUUAGAAAGCAAACUGUUACUAAAUUCUUUAUAGAUGAAGUGUGCAAAAUUAUGUAAAUGACAGUCAUGUUUACUGUGUUAUGUUAAGUAAUUUAAAGUGGCAACUAAAUGAAAGGUAGGACAACAAAAUAAUAUAUUUGAUGUGUAAACCUACUCUCAGUUCUGUAGGGUGUUUGUGGCAGAACACAUUGUGCAACAGGAGGAAUAAUUGAAUUGAAAUUCUCUUUUUGAAUUUAAUACACUUGUGUCUAUCAAGUUUGUUUCCAAUUGAAUAUUUCUCUCCCGUGAAUCCACAAUUUCAAAGUCAUUAUGGUUUUGUAUAUACAUACAUCUGCAGAUAUAAUUUUACAUGAACACAUGAAUACAGUCCUAUCAUUCAUACUGGUUUUCAUGACAUCAUAUUUUUAUCUUCUUUCAUUGUGGUACAUUGGAAAAUGGCCGCAAAUUCCUCCCAUCCUUUUAUCCACAUCCCUUUGCAAUGUUACUCCUGUUUUUCUUGUUAAGAGGUAGAGUCUCUCUCUUUCUACUCCUUGACUCUGAGCUUGGCCAUGUGACUUGCUUUGUCCAAUGUACAUUAGCAAAGAGAUUCAAGAAGAGGCUGGAGAAGUGUGGAAGCCUGCCUUGAGGCUUACCCUCUCUCGCUGCUUUUUGGAAUUCUGAGACCUUUGUGUAAAGAAGCUCAGAUUCCUCUACAGGGGGAUGAGAAACCACAGGGAGCAGAGAUGACCCAGCCCAGCUGGAGCCUCUUAGACCAACUGCCAGACAUGGGAGUGAGGCCUUCCUCAACCUCCAUCCCCGGUCAAGCCGGCCCACACCAGAAGAGCUAUACCAGUUAUCCCAGCCAACCUGGAGAAUUGUGAGAUAAAUAAAAUGAUUAUUGUUUUAAGAUACUAA